GCCCCGGGGGAGGCGCAGCGGGAGCGACGGGCCCCGGGCGGAGCCAGCGGCGGAGCGAGGGACCGGAGCGGGGUCCGGGGCCGCACCAUGGGGGCCUGCCUGGGGGUCUGCUCCCUGCUCAGCUGCGUGUCCUGUCUCUGUGGCUCUGCACCAUGUCUGCUCUGCGGCUGCUGCCCCUCGGCCAAGAACUCCACCAUCUCCCGCCUCAUCUUCACCUUCUUCCUCUUCCUCGGCACCCUCGUAUCCAUCAUUAUGAUAAUCCCUGGUGUGGAGAAGGAGCUGCACAAGCUCCCCGGCUUCUGUGAAGGCAGUGGGUCAGUGCUGGGGGUCCAGACCCACGUUGACUGCAGCAGCUUCCUGGGCCUCAAGGCUGUGUACCGCAUGGGCUUCGCCAUGGCCGCCUUCUUCUUCCUCUUUGCCAUCCUCAUGGUGUGUGUGCGCAGCAGCAAGGACCCGCGGGCCGCUGUGCAGAACGGCUUCUGGUUCUUCAAGUUCCUGCUGCUGGUGGGGAUCACAGUGGGGGCCUUCUACAUCCCUGAUGGUGCCUUCACCUCGGUGUGGUUUUACUUCGGUGUGGUCGGCUCCUUCCUCUUCAUCCUCAUCCAGCUCCUCCUCCUCAUCGACUUCGCCCACUCCUGGAGCCAGCUGUGGCUGCGCAAUGCAGGCGAGAGCAACGCCAAGGGCUGGUAUGCAGCCCUCUGCACCGUCACUUGCAUCUUCUACGCCGCCUCCAUCGCAGCCGUAGUGCUGCUCUACAUCUACUACACCAAGCCCGAGGGCUGCACGGAGGGCAAGGUCCUCAUCAGCAUCAACCUCAUCCUCUGCCUCAUCGUCUCUGCUGUGUCCAUACUGCCCAAGAUCCAGGAGGCUCAGCCGCACUCGGGGCUGCUCCAGGCAUCCCUCAUCACCCUUUACACCAUGUACAUCACCUGGGCUGCCUUGGCCAAUGUACCAAGCCAGGCCUGUAACCCCACACUGCUGGUAAGGAACAGCACCAGCUCAGCGACAGCCACCCAGCCACUGACAACCUGGUGGGAUGCCCCGAGCAUCGUGGGGCUCAUAAUCUUCAUCCUCUGCACCCUCUUCAUCAGCAUCCGCUCCUCUGACCACCCCGAGGUGAACAAGCUGAUGCUGACAGAGGAGAGCACGGCCGGGACGGGCGGUGAGGCUGCGGAGCAUGGGGAGCAUCGUGCCUAUGACAAUGAGCAGGAUGGGGUGUCCUACAACUACACCUUCUUCCACCUCUGCCUCGUCCUCGCUGCCCUCUACAUCAUGAUGACCCUCACCAACUGGUACAGGCCGGAUGAGAGCUUGCGGGUGCUGUCGAGCCCCUGGACCGCCGUGUGGGUGAAGAUCAGCUCCAGCUGGGCCGGGCUCCUGCUCUACCUCUGGACCUUGGUGGCUCCGCUGGUACUGCCGGACCGGGACUUCAGCUGAGGGCAUCCUGCUGCUGGGUUGGAGCCAUCGUGUCCUUGUCCCUCGAGGCUGGGGACAGCCCCAGCCAUGCUGGGUUGUGCCUUCUUGGAGGUCUUUUGGUUUCAUUGGAAAGGGAUGAGGUGCCAAGCACUGAAAAUCAGCAAGGGCUGAGGAAGACUUGAGGAUGGUUUUGAA